AUGGAUCCCCCGGCACAGGAUGGCGACUUUACGGAUGAGGAUAUGGAGUUGCAGCUAGCGCUAGCACUAUCACUUCAGCCGGCGGGUGGCGUUGAUUUGGCCUCUCUACUGCAGCAAUUCCUCGCGGGUCACAUGCCACCACCCCAGCAGCAAUUCCAGCAGCAGCAACAACAACCAGCGCAGGACGCUGCGGCAGCGUUGGCCGCUGCGGCGAUGGCAGCGCUAGGCGGCGCGCCCUUUGGGCAAACCGCUGCCUCUGCGGCGGCUUCAGGCAGUGCAACAGCAAGCACUGGUGCCAGUCGACCCCCCCCAGGCUGGGCGGCCCGUCUCCAAGCCUGGUACAACUCCGCCAAAGCGCCAGCGGCGUUCAGUGCAGGCAGUGCGAUGCUGGCGGGGCCAGAGCAGCUUCAGGCGUUCCUGGGCCACCUUGCAACUGCACUGCAGAUCAAGGUGGUGGCGGACAGCACAGCGAUAGCGGCUGGGACCCUUUUCCUGAAGACUGCGACCACAGCGGGUGGCAGCCGGGAGGUGACCGCGGAAUCCCUGAGGGGCUUGCUGGCGUCGGCACUGCUGCAACGGAAGGUGGCACCUAAAGAUAAGCUUCAGGCGAUUCACCGCGUCCAUGGCACGCUGCCGUCGCCCGCGUCGCUGCCCGGUGAUGGUGCUGGUGGCGUGGCGGCUGCCCUAGAGCUGUUCUCGGGCGUGCUAUGCCGCGAGGCGAUAGCACUCCUGCGGGACGAUGGCGCCGACCUGUACUUCGACACGGGUGCCCAGACGACAGCAUUCGUGGAUGCGUUGGCCGGCGGCAGUGCUACCAUGAGUGAGGUCUUCCUGGACUCGUUGCUGGAUGCAUCCGCCACUGAGCGCGAGGCGGCAGUGUGGAGGCGGCUCAUGCGGGACGCCAUUCGGUCCGCCUUUGCUCCAGCUGCGAAGCUGACGGACGCGGCGGGCUUUGAGCGGCCGCUGGCGGUCCUGGACCGUGUCACUAGCACCCAUCGUCUGCAGCAGUGCCUGUCAGCCAUGCUGUUGGAGGAUGUGGAGGCGGCAGCCCGCGCCCGCCCUGGCCAGGCGGCGAAGGCCCUUGAGCAGUCUUGCGUGUUGGCUUCCCUGUUCGGAGCCAGCCCCAUGCCUAACUCACAGGAUGCGCUCCACUUUUACAAGGUGACUAGCCCGGCACGACAAGCCUUCCUAGAAACGCGGGGCUACCCCAAGAACUACUCCGCUGGCCAGACAUGCCGUACGGUAUUGCAGGCCAUGAUGGCGCGUGUGCAGGAUGGUGCGGGUCACCUGAUGCUGCGGCUUAGCCGUGUGAAGGACGGCGGGCUGAGUCGCGAGGCGCUCCUGAGCUGGGUGGCUGCUGUGGGCCGUGUGAAUGUGGUGCGGCGGGCGUUUGGGGAAGCGCAGGAGAUGCGCAACCAGCAGGACGUCGCGGACUUCCUAGCGGGCGGCAGCGACGGCUUCUUGCUCAAUGUGACUGGCGGCUGUCUGCGUCUGGCGCAACCCUUCGUUAACGGCUGGCUGGACCUCUAUAGGAACGGAGCCGAUCCGCUGGCGGCAACGGCAGCCGCCGCUGCCGGCGGCUCCACACUCCAACCACUGCCUCGCUUCGCGGACUUGUUCGACAAGCACCUGCGCCCCGAGUACUACCGCACGCAGCGCCACCGGCUGGGGGACCUAUCGGGGGUCUACAAUGCUCAAGGCUCACGAGGGUCCGGGGGAUUUACUGCGGACGACGACCCGCCUACCACGGCGCCGCCGCUGCUAGUGCCGGGUGACAUGGUGGGCGGUGAGGGCUCCCCAAGCUUCAUGGCGGAUGUGUUCUUCCUGACGCAGCUCAUGAUGCAUGUGGGGCCCAUCCCCUGUGUUUACAGGCGUCGCGCCAUCCUGCACCGAUUUCGACAACGCUACCAGAUGGAAAUGGGUGCGGCCGCCGGCGCCAACGGAGACGGUGGACUGGACCCCUCUGAAGUACGGAGCGGUCGCGACCCGUGGGCCAAUCCGCUGGCCACCGAGAUGCGGCUGUACGACGACUGCUGCGAAUCGCAUUUGAACGAGCCCCUGUUUGCGGACAAUCUCACGGCGUUUGCGGUGCUGGAGUUGGACUGGAUGGCCUGGCUAUCGCGUGGCGGCGCGGGCGACCCCUCUGUGGUCAUGCGGCUGGUGCCCGAGUACGCGCUCGGGGAUGCGCUGGACUGGCUGACAGCGGUGCUGUACGCGGGCCGGGCCGACCUGGUGGCGUCCAAGCCGAUUGCGGUCAUCAUGCGUGCAAUGGUGACCCUCCUCAACGCCAACGACGUGGUCCGCAGCGCCAUGCUGCAGAACAAGAUUAUAAACCUGCUGCUCGCCAUGCUUGCCAGCCAGCUACAAAACGUGCAGGCCCGCGAGGCGCGAGGACUGGCGCUCGCUCCCGACCGCAUGAGCACCGGCGAGCGGGCGCUGCGCGACCUCAUUCCGGCCCUGCUGCGGGCGCAUGUGAAUGCGGAGCUGGUGGUCGGUCUGGACGUCGACAAGGACUCGUACGACAAGUAUGGCAUGCGGUACCACAUUGAUAAGAUCCUUGAGGAGCUAAUCAAGGAUUCGGUCCUCAAGCGCUGCCUCACAGACCUAGCUGCCACAACCUCCAGCGGUCCCACGGAGGCGCUACUGCCCGCCAAUGCCGCCGCUAGCGCCAGCUCCUCCGGCAGCUCUGCCGUGGAGCCAGGUCUGUUCUCAGACUACGCCUCCGGCAUCGUCAACACCGUUAUGCACUACUUCAAGGACGGUUUGGAUCGGCUUGCGGAUAUUUACGCCAUUGAACGCUCCAAGGCGGAUGCGGCGGCCUGGGAGGCGCAGCCCGCGGAGGAGCGGCAGCGCAAGGAGGACUUUUACCGGGGCCAGCAGCGAGCUGCCGUGGGCUUCUUGUCCAUGGGUGUCGCCAACCUCAAGUGGCUCAACACGCUGACGGCCGACCCGCUCAUCGCGACCGCCUUCCUCCACGAGCCCCUACUUGGCAAGACCGCCUUUCUGGUGGUGUCCUCCUUGGAACUGCUGCUUGGGGAUGCAUGCAAGAAACUGCAGGUCAAAAAGCCGGAGCAGUACGGCUUCGAUCUGCCGGUGCUGGUGGGUGCGGUACUGGCUUUGCAACUGCAGCUGGGACGCAACGACCGCUUCGUCCAGGCAGUGGUCUCGGAGCCCGACUACAGCGAGGAGCACCUGGAGACCCACCACCAGGCGCUGCUUGAAACCCGGCUAAGGACGUUCCUGGCCCGAGCCGCGGAGUUGCGGGGCACGGGGCUAGGCGCGGGAGGGGACGGACUCGUCGUGCCGCUGUCGGGGACCGCUGACGCCGCCGCUGGAGAAGCCUCGCCGGGUGCGGACUCACAGCCGCCGCUCAAGCGGCGCAAGAGCGGGGAGGGCUCGGGCGUGGAGCCUAUGGAGGCGGAGCCGCGGCGACCCACGGGUCUGUACUGUGAGGCCGUGCGCGUGCCGGGUCCGGACCUGACAGAGGCAGAGGUGGAGAAGCUGUACGCGGCGGAGCUGGGACCGCUGUCCAUCGGCGAGUACGACAGUUCUGUGCCGGGAGGCUACUUCAAAGAGAUGGCCCGUCUAGCCGAGCAGGACUCGGGGGCAUCCCGCAAGAAAAUGCGGCAGCUGGCCAAGGAGGUCAACGACAUGCAGCCUGGGGGCCGACUGGCGCUGCCCUGCAUGGCGGCUGCGGCUAUCUAUCUGCGCCAGGACAGCGCCCGGGUUGAUAAGAUGCGCGCGGUUAUUACGGGGCCUGAGGGCACCCCUUAUGAGGGCGGCAUGUUCGUCUUCGACAUCUUCUGCCCCGCCGGCUACCCCAACGACCCGCCCGUCAUGAUGGUGUACAACACGGGAGGUGGCAAGGCGCGAUACAACCCCAACCUGUAUGCCGACGGCAAGGUCUGCCUUUCGCUGCUGGGGACCUACAACUCGGGCCACACCAGCGAGAAAUGGAACCCGACGCUCAGCUCCCUGUACCAGGUGCUGGUGUCCAUCCAAAGCCAGAUUCUGGUCACUGACCCCAUGACCAACGAGCCGCUGUCAGAAACCAUGGCGGGCACUGCCGAGGGCAGCGCCAAGACCGCGGAGUACAAUUCUCGGCUGCAGCUGCUGGUGAUGCGGCACGCCAUGGUGGAUAUGCUGCUACACCCACCACCCGGCACCCAGGACAUAGUGACGCGCCAUUUCCAUUUGCUGCGGCGCCGCAUUGCUGCCACGGUGCAGCGCUGGGUGCGUGAGGCGCCCAGCGAGGAAUUGCGUGGCAAGUUAGACGAGCAGGCGGUUAGGUUGCUGGAGCUGUUGGCAAAGCUGUGA